AUGGCGGCGGUAAAGUCAGGCCCAGAGGCCGCACCCGCUACCUCCUCAGUCCUUCGCAAAGUCAUUGGCGUCUUCGGCUUCGCGAAGCUGUACAACUUCAUCUUAUGGGUAUUAUUCGCUGGAGGGUUCUUCGGCUUUGCCCUCUCGCGGACCCCUUACCUUAACUUCUACGGUUACUUCUGCGGCCCGGGUAGCUCCUCUUCUCUCAGUGCCGCACCCGGCGAAUGCUGGUAUUAUCUGCGCGGUGAUCACGAAACGAUUGGCAUCAUCUUGCACCUUGUCACGAUUAUUCCCGCGAGUAUCCUAGCCACCUUCCAGUUCACCCCCAUUAUUCGUCGACGAUUCGUCCUCUUCCACAGGAUCAAUGGAUACGUUGUGCUUUUAUUGUCCUUCUUAAGCACCGCCGGCGCCCUUAUGAUUGCACGUCAUGCCUUUGGAGGAGGGCUUGAAACCCAAAUGGCCAUUGGUGUAAUGGGCAUACUGUUCAUUGGGUCGCUCGUGAUGUCUUACAUUAACAUCAAGCGCCUCCAAAUUGAAGAGCACAGAGCGUGGAUGUUAAGGGCCUGGUUUUAUGUAAGUGGCGUCUGGAAUUCUAGGUCCCAUAGCCCCGCCAAAGUUAACUCGUCCAUAAAGGCAGCUUCCAUCAUCACUCUCCGACUUGUUAUGUUUUUUGCCGCCAUGAUCAUCAGCAAGCAGUACGGAUACUACUCUGCCAGACCAUGUGGCCAAAUCGACUUCAUGUUUAGGGGUAACAGAAACAGGACGGUGGCCAGCUAUCCGGCUUGUGCGUCUUAUUACUCCGGAGAAAAUACCGACCAGUGGGCCAUAGUAAAGGCCGAUAUGUUUGGAAACAGCUCCGCGGAGGCCGCGACUGCUCUUGGCGUAAGCUUUGGACCUGCGGCGUGGUUGUGUCUCGCGUUACAUGCCAUCGGGAUUGAGAUAUACUUAAAACUCACGCCCGCUGAAAAUCAGCGUCUGCGGAUUAUUUCCUAUCAAAGACAGCUCGCGGCGGGAAUGAGGAAUCCUGGAAGUGCGGGCCUGACAGUUGAUCGCUUUGGCGACUCGGAAAAUACUCCCUACUUCAUGCCCAUUAUAUAUUCCAUCUCGGUCGUCAUUUACAACCUCUUCUUCCACCCUCUCACCCUAUUUCCGGGUCCCAAGAUCGCCGCUGCAAGCCAUAUCUGGUACGGGUGCAUUCUUACCAAGGGCAUAGCGCCCCAUCAAAUGAAAAAGUUGCACGAGAGAUACGGCCCAGUAGUCAGAGUUGCUCCUGAUGAGCUCUCCUUCUCGAGCCCGGCGGCCUGGAAAGACAUCUACGGAUAUAAAAGGUCUGGCCAGUCAGAGAUGAGCAAAGAUAAAAAGUACCAUGCAGGGCUUAGCGAACCGAUCCUCCUUAACGCCGAUCGGGAAUAUCACUCUUCACUCAGGAGGCUACUCUCGCACGGCUUCGCCGACAGCGCUUUGAGAGCACAGGAAGAUAUCAUCCAAAGAUACCUGAAGCAAUUCAUGGAGCAACUAAAGAAGUACUCGGCGAGUGGCCAAAACACGAUCAAUCUUGAGCAUUGGUAUCAAUUUUUCACCUUUGACGUGAUCGGACAUUUAACUAAUGGCCAGUCCUACUAUUGCAUGGAGGCUGGAAAACUUCACCCCUUUAUCAAAAUCUCACUUUCCUUUGUGAGGUUCCUUAGUCUUAAGCAAGCCAUGAUGAGAUUCCCAACGUUCCUAAGGCUUCCUUUUGCCAAAUUCUUCAUCCGGGGAACAUAA